GCUGAGCGAACGGCGUCUCAUGUCCACACGGCGGAAGGAUGGCUCAUGGCAAAGUGACCAUCGCGGUGGACGAGUACAGCUCCAACCCCACACAGGCCUUCACCCACUAUAACAUCAACCAGAGCCGCUUCCAACCUCCACACGUCCACAUGGUGGACCCCAUUCCAUACGAUACCCCCAAGCCGGCGGGACACACCCGGUUCGUGUGUGUGUCCGACACACACUCGCGCACCGACGGGAUCCAGAUGCCCUACGGCGACGUGCUGCUGCACACGGGCGACUUCACCGAGCUGGGCCUUCCCUCCGAGGUCAAGAAGUUCAACGAAUGGCUAGGCGGCCUCCCGUACGAAUUCAAGGUGGUGAUCGCCGGGAACCACGAGCUGACCUUCGAUAAGGACUUUAUGGCUGAGCUGGUGAAGCAGGAUUACUACCGAUUCCCCUCAGUCUCCAAACUCAAACCCGAGGACUUUGACAAUGUCCAGUCGGUGCUCACGAACGGCGUGUACCUGCAGGACUCGGACGUCACCAUCAAGGGAUUCCGGAUAUACGGGACGCCAUGGACUCCCUGGUUUAACGGCUGGGGGUUCAACCUGCCUCGGGGUCAGUCUCUGCUGGAUAAAUGGAACCUGGUCCCUGAAGGCAUCGACAUCCUGAUGACCCACGGACCUCCGCUCGGCUUCAGAGACUGGGUUCCUAAGGAGCUGCAGCGGGUCGGCUGCGUGGAGCUGCUCAACACCGUCCAGAAGAGAGUGAGACCCAAGCUGCACGCCUUCGGAGGCAUCCACGAAGGCUACGGGAUCAUGACAGACGGCUUCACGACGUUCGUCAACGCGUCGACCUGCACGGUCAGUUUCCAGCCGACCAACCCCCCCAUCGUGUUCGACCUGCCCAACCCGUCCACCUCCUGAGA